AUGAUCCAAGAAACGCUUUAUUCAUUGGCACAAAAUGGUUCCCUUCUUGGCCUUACUAAUUUACUUGUUCUUGUAUUGGUUGUUAUCAAUCGUUCAAUGGCGGCAAUUCAUUUUAUUGGUCAAAUAUUUAACACUUUGAAAAGUCGUCGACAAGAAGUUCAGUGUAACGAAAUCAGUUCAAUGCUUUCUGACUACAAUGUUUUUGGUGAUCUUUGCGAUCAAAUUUUACCGUUUCACAAUUUUGGCGUUUAUUUAUUACGUGGUCACACGCUUUUCACACUAACUUUUCUAGUAAUAGCACUGGUAAUAUUUAUUGUGACAGUUUGCUAUCAUCGUAAUGUACGUCGACAAAACAAUGUAUUGAAUGAAGAAAUACGCGAAUGUAAACCACAACGACGUCGUGAAAUGCUCUUCAACACUCUUCUGCUGUCCAUUUGCGCAUAUUUCAUUUCAAUUGCCGGACAAUCAUUUGUUGAAAUUGCCGUUUUUUGGGCUGAAAAUCGUGAAGAUGCAACAGAAUGGGCCCGAUGGUUUCAGCUGGCAAGAAUUGCAGCAUUUGUUGACCCUCUGUUCAAUCCAUUGUUGGUGACAUUGAGGAUACCUGCAAUGAAUGCCAAGUUACAAUGGAUUGGUCGAUGCAUUAGCAAUAUGACAUUGCUAAUUUGUUGUCGUAAAAGAGUUAGGAAGGGAAGAUCAAAGCAAAAACGAAUUUUAGCAUCGACAACCGGAAUGUCUUCAACAAGUCCUCAUACCGUACAUUCCGAUGAUUUCUUUUCUAAGCUGUUAUGCCAUCGAAAUUUACGGUCGAAAUUCUCAUCAUCAUAUCGUCGCAGUCAUAGCGGUACUGUAUCUAUUGCUAAAUUGUCUUCAACAGCAAUUAAUAUUUCUCCCAAAAAUAUCACCAAGCUUGUCUUAUCAAAUAUUUCGCUAUCAUCAACAAUCAGUGAAGGUUGUACAUAUCCGGAAACAUUUACGGAUGAGCGAACUCAAAAAGAUUCGGGAACUGACAAUUGCAUCUCGAAAAACACUCAGUCCAAAAACAAAAAUUCAAAGAAAAUUAUACAAAAAUAUUAUGAAACAACAUCAAAAAAAGUGCUCAUCUUUAAUGCUUUUCCGGAAACUUUCCGAAAUAGGAAUGGAAGCAUUUAUAGUGAUAUUAUCAUUAAAUGGUUGGAAUAUAUGCCAUCGCAUGUUAUGAUCAACAGAGUUUAUAAUUUUGAUAAAAUGAUUGAAUCGAUUAAAUUGAUUGAACAAGAAAUCAGUGCAAUCGAGUCAGUAUGUUUGCGUAAAAAGUUAAAUAUGGGAGAUUUCGCAACUAAUGAAAGCUUGCAAAUCGAUGAUGAGAAGAGUACUGUGAUGAAUGUGAGUGAAAUGUUAAAUGAAACCUUACGAACACUCAAUGAUCUGAUUAUCGAUGUCUGUAAAAAUAACUCCAAUGCUGAGAGUUAA